AUGAGUACACACAAGAGUCAUGGACUCAUAUCUAUAAUCUAUACAGAUGGCUCAGCUACAGCAGCUAUAAAAGAUGGGGGAGCUGGCAUCUACAUCCAACAUACCAAUGGUAAAAGUGACACAGUUAGUGUAGCAACGGGGAAAUACUGUACCAACUACAAGGCAGAGUAUGAAGCCAUCAUGACAGCUCUGAAAGUGAUUGAAGAGUCUCCAGAGGACUGCCCGCAGAUCGUCAUAUUAACGGAUGCUCUGUCGGUACUACAGGCCCUAGAACACCAUCAGCUGCCUGAACUAUCAGAGGUGCUAUCUCGCAUGUCACAAACAAGACAAAUAGCACGUCAGUGGAUCCCCGCACAUUGCGGCAUCCCUGGAAAUGAAAAGGCUGAUAAACUGGCAAAGCUAGGAGCGGAAGGUGAUCAGCACAUGAACCACAUCAGCUAA